GACAAAGAGAAUCAGCGCUGGUUGUGACGGAGCGGCGCGGGCCGCCAUUUCAAAGCCGAGGAAACGCGGGAGCUUUUGCCGUUUAACAGACGGAUGCUUGUUUUAUAAAACACACCGUAUUACGUUUUGUAUUUUAAGGCUCGUUGUGUAGAAGAGCUCUUAAUCUCGCCAGAUGGAUGCAGACACGGAGCCGGUGGAGGAGACGACGGAGGUGAUGGAGGCCGCGGAGAUGCCCUCACAGGAGGAACCUUCGGCUGACAGCAAGAUCCGGGCUCGUGGAGGGAAGAUGCGCGGCAGAGGAGGCCGCAUGCCCCGCGGGUUCCGUGGAGGACGGGGGAUGAUGAUGAUGAUGAAAGGGUUUCCGCCGGGUCCCAUGAGAGGAAGAGGCCGUGAUGGGUUCACCAACGGAUUCGGACCCAUGAGGAGAGGCAUGGGUCGCACGUGGCCGUAUCCAGACAUGCGCGGCCGGCGGGGUCGAGGCGGUCCUAGAGGAAUGAACCUGGGUCCACCGGGUCCACCACCUCCGCCACCUCCACCCAUGCACAUGAGAGGACCUCCGCCACACAUGCACAGGCAUGGCCCGCCUCCUCCCCCGCCCCCUCCGGGACACCCUGCGUUCCGAGGGCGACCGCCACACCCCCGGGGGCCGGGCAUGAUGCCGCCCGGCCCGCCCCGCUUCUUCCACCCCAGAGGCUACCACAACGGAUCGGCCCCUCCUCUGCCCCACCCGCCUCCAGGCAGGGGCCAGCGCUGGCCGGGGCCCCACGCUGGCCGGAAGUUUUAACCCAUUCUGUAGCGUUAACACACUCAGUUCAGACUCGCAGGUCCUUUUACUGUAACGAGCACGCUACCUUUUUAUGUUACUUCAUUUGAGGACAAAGCCCCGAAAACAAAAAAACAUUUAAAAGCACUCUCACUCUGAAGACGAGAAGGAACCAUGUUCUUACGUUGAUUUAAAUUAAGUGUAUCUCAUGAGACUUUUACUCCUAAGUGUUGUCUGGUCUGCGUGGUGCUAUUCCUGUGAGCCUUAAGCAAUCCUCUUCCUUUUUUCCACGAGAAAACCUAGGCUUUUAGUCGAAUCGGUGUGUGUUUCUCAGUACGCUGGCACUGACCAAGCAGAUCACUGACCCUCCAUAUGUUCUUCAUGUGUAGUGCUCAUGAGUUAUUAUUAUUACUACUACUACUAUUAUUAUUAUUAUUAUUAUUAUUAUUAUUACUACUAUUAUUAUUAAUGAUCUAAUAUCAUAAAUGUGCAGCUACUUUAAGUCAAGUGAGAAUAUUGCUGUUGAAAAGUAUUCCUGUUUCUUUUUUUGCUGGAAUGAUUCUGUUAAAAUCACAAAUCCAUGCAUUGAUUUAACAUGACCGUAGAGUAGCGCUACGAUUUAUACUUCUUUAAAUAAACCUUUCCUUGCUUUUCUAUUUUAAAGCCAGUUUUUCGAAAAGUAUUUGAUUCAAAAUAGUACGAGUAAUAAACCAGAAAACCCCCAGAAGAAGUAAAACGCCUCUCCUCUGUGUUAAGUUUUGAAGUGUUAUGGCACAUUGACGUAUUGUAACCGAUAAAGUCAUGUGAAUUUGUGAAUGUAAAUUGAACAGAUAACAGCUUUUGACUUAGUUUUGGAGAAACAAAACAAUAAAGUUAAGAUAAAAUGA